AUGUUGCGCCAAUCCAUCAGACCUGCCGCUAGAAUACUCGCCAGACAGAACUUCCGUUGCGCCGUGCGUUUCAAUGCCACUGUCGCUGAAAAGGCUCCAGUCGACCCCAAAAUCUCCCAGAUUGUCGACCAAAUCUCCACCUUGACCUUGUUGGAGACCUCUGCAUUGGUGACCGAGUUGAAGGAGAGAUUGAACAUUUCCGACAUUGCUCUUCCUGCCGCUGGCGCUGCUCCUGUUGCUGCUGCUCCUGUUGAGGAGGAAGUGAAGGAGGUUGUGGAAGAGAAGACCAUUUUCUCUAUCAAGUUGGACUCGUUCGAUGCCAAGUCCAAGCCUAAGAUUAUCAAGGAAGUGAAGAGCUUGUUGGGAUUGUCUUUGGUUGAGUCCAAGAAGUUUGUUGAGGCUGCACCUAAGGUGUUGAAGGAGAAUGUUGCCAAAGAAGAUGCUGACAAGAUCAAGGCUACCUUGGAGGGAUUGGGCGCCAAGGUGUCUUUGGAGUAG